UUGAGAUCACUCGGAGUGUAGUGUGGAGACGAGAGACUAGUGCCCUCGCCGCCACGCUCGCCCAACCAUGGCGCCACACCCCGCCGCCGAUGACCCGCUGCUCGCCGAUUGCAAGUUCAAGUUGAAUCACUUCAGAAUAAAAGAGCUAAAGGAUGUCCUGCAUCAGCUUGGACUUCCCAAGCAAGGAAGGAAGCAGGAACUACUGGACAAAAUUAUUGCAGUAUUAUCUGACCAACAAGAUCAACACGCCAAAAUGAACGGCUUUAUGAUUGGAAAAGAAACUGUGGCUAAAAUUGUUGAUGCCACUUUUACAAAGAUGCAUGGCUCCACAGAUGCUGUCGCAACCUCUAGAAACCAGACUGACUCAGGACACAUUGUAAAGCCUAAAAGGAAGUCAGAUCAUUCUUCUACUCAGUUGGAUGUCAAUGUUCGUUGCCCUUGUGGUUAUUCUCUGCCCAUUGAUUCCAUGACUAAGUGUGAAGGUACACAAUACAAUACACCGCAACACGUUGGUUGUGUAGCAAAACCUACAGAUAGUGUUCCUCCAGAUUUACCACCCUACUUUUAUUGUGAUAUGUGCCGAAUCGACCGAGCAGACCCUUUCUGGGUUACCAUUAAUCAUAGUGUACUUCCUGUCACAAUUGCUCCCUCUAAAAUAGCACCAGACGGGUCAUAUGAUGUACAAUAUUUUGACAAGACAUUUCUGCUGUCAAGGGUUAAUUGGGAGAUGCUUCAGAAAGAUGAAUAUGAUCUCCAGGUUUGGUGUAUCCUUCUUAAUGACAACAUACCUUUCAGGAUGCAUUGGCCUUUGCAUUCUAAUAUGCAAGUUAAUGGUAUUCAUAUUAGGGUUGUCAACAGGCAACCCACACAACAAUUAGGGGUGAAUGGUAGAGAUGAUGGUCCAGUAUUAACAACGUAUGUGAGAGAGGGAUCUAAUAAGAUUGUUCUAUCUAGAAGUGACCCUCGCACGUUCUGUUUGGGAGUCAGGAUUGCGAAGAGGAGAUCUAUAGAACAGGUCCUAUCUUUUGUGCCAAAGGAAGAAGAUGGUGAGAACUUUGAUAAUGCCCUUGCUCGUGUGCGGCGCUGUGUUGGUGGUGGAACUGAGGCAGAUACUGCUGAUAAUGACAGUGAAAUUGAAGUUGUAGCUGAUUCUGUCUCUGUAGAUCUCCGAUGCCCAAUUACUGGUUCAAGGAUCAAGACAGCUGGUCGGUUCAAACCCUAUGUUCACAUGGGUUGUUUUGAUUUAGAAGCUUUUGUGGAACUUAAUCAACGUUCAAGAAAGUGGCAAUGCCCAAUUUGCCUGAAAAAUUACUCCCUAGACAACAUUAUCAUUGAUCCUUACUUCAAUCGCAUCACCUCUUUGAUCCAAAGUUAUGGAGAUGAUGUAUUAGAAAUUGAUGUCAAGCCUGAUGGUUCCUGGCGAGUGAAUGGUCUUAAGCAGUGGCAUUUAUCGGAUGGCACACUCUGUAUGCCCACAGAUAUAGGUUCUAAGCCCGACGUAGGAUUUGUAAAGCUUGAGAUUAAAGAAGAACCGUUAUCGGAAAAUACAGGUUGUCUUAAGUUGGGAGUUAGAAGAAACAACUAUGGCAAGUGGGAAAUUAACAGGAGAGGGGAUUCUAGCUGGAUGCCACCUUCUGACAAUGGCCAGAAUGGAUAUUUUGAAAGUAAAAACUAUGUUGUUUUGGCAAGCAACACUAAUGAUGAGAACAAGAAAGAUGGAAUCAAUAAUCAAGAGCCGCGACAAUUUGAUCAACUUACCAGCAACGUCCAUGAUCUUGAUUCUUCUCCCAUGGAUGCACAUUUUCCUCCAACACCAAUAGAGCAGGAUAUAAUAGUUCUGAGUGACUCAGAUGAUGAUAAUGUUAUGGUGUUGUCACCGGUGGUCUGCGUAGUGCAAAAUUACAUUGGCAACUGUCAACCUUUGCAUAAGCCAAUUUCAGGGGUUAACUUGGGUGUAACAGCAGCAGCAAACUUGCUGGAAUGUGGGUGUGAUGUUGCAUUACAAGAUUGUAGGUCAAGUGAAAAAGAUGGCAACCACGAUAAAACAUACCGUGAUGGCCACUCUGAGGGUUGGACGGAUCUUAGCAUCAAUAGCAAUCAAGGCUGUUUAACCAAUGGCAAAACUGCUUCUCAGAAAAGGACAAUUUGUGGAGAUGAGAUGACAGAUUUAGAUGGUUCAGUUGUCAGGAGCAGGAAUGAUGGGUUGAGUGGAGAGAUUCCAUCUCUUGGGAAAGAGAAGGAUCAUUCAGUUAGGCCAAAGUUGAUAGUAACAAUUGACUCAGAUUCUGAUUAGCAACUUAUGCUAUUUGAUAUAUGAUCCCUGCUGUGGCCCCUGAUCCACCAUCAGGAUGGAUGUUUGGCGGCAAGAAUUAAGCAAGGUGGGUUUUUCCUUUGCUAAAUUGGAGGUGCCAUUGACACAUAGAUAGAGGGAGGUAGUUUGGUAGGUCCAUUUGCAUAUCAGAAUGGAACCAGAGUGGCAGUAGUUGAUGUACAUAUAUAUGGUUUCUUCCGUUGGUUGGUUAUGAAGUGAGUUGCCAUCUCUGGUGAUGUUUACUUAACGUUGAUAGUGCUUAGUUAUGUCAAAUAAGCAUGACCAGAGGCAUUACAAAUUUUCUUCCCUAAUUUGGUUAAGGUAUAGCUAUGAAUGUAGAAAUGGUCAGGUGAUGAAUACUGUUGUGGUCAAUAUGUUCUGGACAUGAUCGAUGAACUGCAAGUGCAGGUGUUCUAGCUAGCUUAUUUACUUCUACCUCUAUUGUUUUAUAAUGUAAAACUUUCUAACCUUACCUAA